GGGCCGGGGGGCGUGUCUUUAGAUGGAAAGCUGCCAAAUUAAUGGAGAAGUGAAUGGGCUCUCGAUGGCUCCUGGUCAUGAGUUUCGCGAUACAGAGGCAGUCUCCCUCGGGGCGAAGCCUUCCCCUCGAGGCACCAAGAGGCAACAUGCUGGGUCUGGCCGGAGUGUGGUUUCCCCGCCCCGGUGACUCAGCAAAUCCGCGCCGCCUCCUCCGCCUCUUAUAAGACCCGCGGCGCCGACGGCUUAGUUCAACUGCUGCCCGGCUUGCAUCGCCAUGGCUGCUCGGCAGGCGCUGAUCGUGCUGGCCCACCCGGAGCGAACAUCCUUCAACUAUGCCAUGAAGGAGGCGGCUGUCGAGGCGCUGCAGAAGAGUGGCUGGAAGGUGACCGUCUCGGAUCUCUACGCCAUGCGCUUCAACCCGGUCCUCUCCCGGGACGACGUCACCGGCAAGCCGAAGGACCCGCAGCACUUCAGCUACCCGGCCGAAACGGGGCUGGCAUGGAAAGAAGGCCGCCUGAGCAGGGACAUCGUAGAGGAGCAAAAAAAGCUGGACGCUGCCGAUCUCGUCAUCUUCCAGUUCCCUCUCCAGUGGUUUGGUGUCCCGGCCAUCUUGAAAGGGUGGUAUGAGCGUGUCCUCACUGGUGGAUUUGCCUACUCCUACAGUGCCAUGUAUGACCAGGGGCCCUUCAAGAAUAAGAAGACUCUACUUUCCUUCACCACUGGUGGGAUGGGCUCCAUGUACACCCCUGAAGGCAUCAAUGGGGACAUCAACAUCCUUCUUUGGCCAAUACAGAGUGGCACUCUCCAUUUCUGUGGUUUCCAAGUCUUGGCACCCCAGAUUGCUUUCAGUAUUGGCCAUACACCACCAGAGGCCCGCUCCCAAAUCCUGGAGACGUGGAAGAAGAGAUUGGCCACUAUCUGGGAGGAGACGCCCCUCAGCUUUGCCCCAAGCAACAACUUUGAUUUGAGCUUUGCUGGGGGCUUUCUUCUGAAGAAAGAGGUCCAGGAACAGCAAGAGGAUAAAAAAUAUGGGCUGACAACUGGCCAGCAUCUGGGAAAGCCACUCCUGCCUGAUAAUCAAGUCAAAGCCCAGUAGAAAUAGCAAAUUCUGUUGGGAAAUUGGGACAAAAAAAGGCCUUUCUGUAGUAAUGCUAGCAGUAAAAGUUUCCUACUUUCA